AAGAAAAAAAAGAUGGUGUGUCCCCAAACAGGACCUUUGUUUAAGCCGCGCCUUGGCUCGUCACGACUCACGACCAUGAUUUGGUAAAGAAAGCAGGAGGAAGCCGGCGGUGUAGGCGACCCAUGGCUCCACAGACGAGGAGAGAGAGGUUGGCGGGGGAGGCGCGGCCGAGCUCGUCGGGGCUAACACCGGCGAAGCCGGGGGCGGUCGAGGUGCAGCGCCGACGGGUGGGCAGCGGUUGGACGAGCCGUCGGAUCUCCAUCUACGCCUCCCGAGUCUACUUCCUCCUCAUCAUGCUCCAGAUCCCGCUCUUCAGGGUCCCUUGUAGAGCUGGCACAUGCACAACUCCUAUUCAAGUAACAUCAUCUCAGUUGGUCUCAAAUGAUAUAUUCCCAGCAGCUGUUGUGAAGGCCAUGCUCUACCCUGGAGCUACCGUGAGCAGCCUAACUAAAAGCAAGACAUUUCCGAGUUGGAAUGACCUGUUUGACAUGUACAACCUGACAGAAGCAAAAAAUGCUUCUGCAGUAGUUGAUCUCCAGCGUCUAGAGAUACUUGCCGGAAGCUACUUCUGUGUUGCUGGAGCGCUCAUUGGCAUCAUAAAUCCUGGGAGGAUGACUUUGUUUGGUACCCUUUUGAUUAUCUGGGGUAUGGUGAAAGAAGCACUAUUUGGGAAGCCAGUGAACAGUGAUCUGACUCAAUCAACUCAUGUCUACCCAACCAUUUUGAUUGCACUUAUCUGUGCAUUCAUGUCAAUAACUUACAACGUAAAGAAGACAGCAAGAAGUAGUACUCCUGUUUCUAUCGCUAAGCCACUGAUAAGUUCUGCCAAGUCAAAACUGAAGUAGACUUACAAGUUUAAUCCUCGUAACUCUUUUGAGAUAUUUAUUUAUGUGAAAAAAAACAGGUUUGAGGAUGACCUGAGGAUGCUUUUGGUGUAUAUCUGACUCUUUCAAUACUGUAACAUUCAGUUUCCUUUAUUGUAUUAACAAUUCGCAAGGGCACACCGUCUGUAAUGUUUACAAAAAAAACCAGCUAAAUCUUGGUUUUCCCCCAA